GUGCUUUAUCGAGGAUCUAGUCAUUCUAGUGUUACAAAACGAAAAACAUUGUAAAUAUUUAUAAUACAGAAAUAUAUUUUAAAAACAGAAUGACAAACGGUGUAAUUGAUCAUGGGAAAUAUCUAGAAAAGGAAAUUCUUCAGCCUUACUCACAUGUUGCAAAACUUCCGAGCAAGCUUAAUCGUAAGAGGAUUCCGAUGGCUUUUAAUCACUGGUUGAGAUUAUCGGAGGAAAAGGCCAAUUACAUCAUCGAAACAGUUCACAUGUUACAUGUUGGAUCAUUGUUAAUUGACGAUAUCCAAGAUAAUAAUCAGCUGCGUCGUGGUACUCCAGCCGCCCACUUGGUAUACGGUGUACCGUUGACCGUCAACUCAUUUCUACAAAUUUACAAUAUUGCUUUACAAAAAGUACUAGCGUUACAGCAUUCACAGAUUGCUUCCUUAUAUUGCGAAAACUGUUUGGAAAUUGCUCGUGGUCAGGGGAUCGAGAUUUAUUGGCGGGAUAAUUUCCAAUGUCCCACUGAGGAAGAAUUCGAAGAUAUGGUCAAGCAAAAAACAGGUUACAUGAUAGCCUUGGGACCAAGGAUAAUGCAGUUAUUUAGCGAGAACAAUCAUGACUAUACUGAGCUUGUGCUUCUUGUUGGCUUAUAUUUCCAAAUACGAGACGAUUAUUGCAAUCUGAUGAAGGAAGGGGCGAUAGAAGAGUGGCCCGAAUCGAAUAAUACUGAAAAUGAGCAGAACAACAAACACAAUUUUUGUGAAGAUUUAACAGAAGGCAAGUUCACUCUGCCAAUCAUACACGCCUCUAAGCAACCUGGUGGAGAAGCAGUUCUUAAAAUUCUUAGGCAACGCACCACAGACAUUAAUCUAAAACGGUACUGCGUGUCAACCCUCGAAGAACUUGGCAGCAUGGAGUAUACAAGACAAAGAUUACGUCAACUCGACCGCCAAAUACGAAACGAGAUUGAGCGGUUGGGCGGUAAUCCAGAACUUAUUGCAGUUAUGAAUGAUUUGAACAUUAUGUGAUAUGUUUUAGUUAAUUUUUAGAUAUUUUAAUAUUUUUUUUUAAUUGGUUCAUAUUUUUGAAAAAUAAGUUAUGUUUAUAUACAUUUUGUGUAAUUAGUAAUAGUGUAACAUAACGGGCUAUUUACAGUAAAAGCUAUUAAGUUCAAGUUUAAACCAAUAAUUGUAGAUUGAAGUUAAUUUAAAUUUGGUGCGAGAUGUAGGUAUAUUUUUUAUAUUAUACUGAAUAGGUACUAAACAAUAUUAGACUACUAAAUAUACAAUUGUAACAUAAUUUAAAAAGUAAACAAAAUUUGUAUUCCAGUAUAAGUUUGUAUGUUUUAUGGUUAAUUAUAACCUAACAACACCACAUUAUUGCAAAUCCUGCAAAUAAAUAUGAUUUGAUUUGAAUGAUAUAAUUUACAGUAAGUUGUAUUUUUAUUAUAGUAAGAACAGGUAACAUAUUAUCAUAUACAAAUAAGAGAAUAUGAUAGAAGGAAGCAGUUUUAUUUAAAGUACAAGUAAAAAACCCUUAUAAUCUUUUUCCCUGAACCUUUCUAAAAUACAAAUGUAAGUUUA